CGGGCGGGCCUAUUGAAUAUGUAACCUGUUUUCUUAUCCAGUCCAAACCUAUAUAAUUUUUUAAAAAUUGUAUGUGAGUAGUGUAGUGAUUUUGCUUAAGAAUUAGUUGAAUUCUAAAGAAGCAGCAACUAAAAGCAAACAUGCCGCUGAUUAUCAACUUAAGAAUAGUUCUGCCCAUAAUAAUCGGCCUCGGCUCAGCAGUAAUCUUAUCAACAGUAAUAGCAAAAUGUCUUUGGGGCAAAAAGAAAAAUAAGAAGUUAGUGGCUUUAGUUGACCCCAACACAAAAUACCCUCUGCCGCUUAUUGAACGCGAAGAGAUCAGUCAUGACACUAGAAGAUUUAGGUUUGGUUUGCCAUCUGAUAAACAUGUAUUAGGUUUGCCCGUUGGCCAACAUAUACACUUAUCAGCCAAAAUUGAUGAUGACCUGGUCAUUAGAUCUUAUACACCUGUGUCCAGUGAUGAUGACAAUGGAUAUGUGGAUUUGGUAAUCAAGGUGUACUUUAAAAAUGUUCAUCCCAAGUUCCCCGAUGGAGGAAAGAUGUCGCAGCACCUGAACAACAUGAAACUCGGAGAGACUAUUGACGUUAGAGGACCUUCAGGGAGAUUGCAGUAUGCUGGAAAAGGUCUCUUCCUCAUCAAAAAGAUGAGAAAAGACCCUCCAGUGAAUGUCCUGGUUAAAAAACUCAACAUGAUUGCUGGUGGAACUGGCAUCACUCCAAUGCUUCAACUGAUUAGGCACAUCUGUCAAGAUGUCAAUGAUCAUACGGAGAUGAGAUUGCUAUAUGCAAAUCAGACCGAAGAUGACAUUCUGCUCAGAGAAGAAUUAGAGAGAUACCAGAAGGAUCAUCCUUCACAGAUGAAGUUGUGGUAUACUGUUGAUAGACCUACUGACGGAUGGACGUAUAGUAGCGGUUUCAUAAACGACACGAUGAUAAGCGAACACAUGUUCGCGCCUGGCGAUGACACCAUAGUACUGAUGUGCGGCCCACCGCCCAUGAUCAAUUUCGCCUGUAAUCCAGCACUUGACAAAUUAGGCUUCAAGGAGAACUUGCGAUUUGCUUACUAGGCGGCUUGUUAUAAGUGGGAACUAAUAAAAAUCUACGAAAAGGUGGCAGGUACUCAAUAAAGUUAUGUAUAAAUUGGUAAAUAGAGAAUACUAUUUUAAAAAAGGUUGAUACUAUAUGAGUACCAUAAAAUUCUACUUAUGCAGUUUUUUUCCAAAUGACU